CAGGGAGGGAGGCGGCGGGGCGGGGGCCCCUGCAGGGGCGGGGGCUGCUGCUGGGGUUGCUCAUGUUGCACCGGCGGUUGACGGCGACAAUGCCGGGGCAAACGACGGCAAUGAGGACUCCCGGACGCCAAAGGAGGAGUCUGGCUCGAAUGGUGCAGCAACAGCAACAGCUUCCCCUGCCGCGGACAACACCAACGGCAUUCACAACGACAACACCAACGGCGAUCAUCCUAACAGCCCUAGCGCCCCUCACAACGACAACCACAACCACACCACGGGCAGCCCUCGCAGCCGGGCCAGCCGCCUCUGGAUCCGCACUCCCUCCCUGUUCGGCAGCCGAAGGGCCCUCUCAGGCACCCAGGCCGCCGCCUCCAGCCCCGGGUUCCAGCAAGCGGAGAGCUUUCGCAAGUCGUUGAGUCGCUUCUUUGCUGGCAGUACGGCAGCAGGGAGGGCCGCGGAUGAGGUGCCGAGCAAGGAAGGCGGUGGAGGCAAGGCGGAUGCGCAGCAGAAAGGAGACGCAGGCAAGCUGGUCGCCUCGGAGGACCGCGCCACGGGUACGGUGUCCUGGCGGGUGUACGGCAGUUACUGCGUGCACCUGGGCCUGCCCUCCACCGCCUUCAUCGCGGCGGCGCUGCUGGCGGGGCAGGCCGUGUUCCUGGGCAGCGAGUGGUGGCUGGCCAUGUGGGCGCGGUCUAGUCCGGAGGAGCAGGAGAAGAAGAGUUGGUUGUGGGUGUACGGCUUACUAACGGUCAUCGUUAUCAUUUUGGCUGUCUUCCGAUCGGCCAUCUUCUUCGAGGCCACUCUGUCGGCUGCGACCUCCAUCCACAACGCCAUGGCACACAGGGUACUGCGCGCGCCAUUGUCGUUCUUCCACACCAACCCCUCGGGCCGCAUCGUCAACAGGUUCUCCAAGGACCAGGGGCAGGUGGACGACCUGCUCCCCUCCUCGCUCUUCGACGCACUGCAGUCCUCAUUCCAGGUGCUGGGUGCGCUCGUCCUUGUGUGCAUCGCCGUCCCCGUCAUCCUGCCCGUGUUCCUGCCGCUGCUGGUGGCGUUCUGGUGGGUUCGGCGGCGCUACAUCACUGCCAGCCGGGAGGUGAAGCGCUGGGAGGCGGUCACGCGCUCACCCGUCUUUGCGAGUUUCUCCGCUACGCUGAAGGGUCUGCCCACCAUUCGCGCGUUCGGCGCCGCGGGCCGCUUCAACGACGCGUUCCUGGACAUCAUGACCCACAACGGAAACUGGUACUUUGCCUUCAUCUCAACUGCCAGGUGGAUCGGUGUGCGGCUGGAUGCAGUGGCGGGCAGCACCCUGCUGGCUGCCGCCCUGCUGGCCAUGGCCAUGAAGGACAGCAUCAACACCGGGGUGAUGGCGCUGGCCCUGACGCACGUACUGCAGUUGACCGGCCUGAUGCAGUGGGUGGUACGGCAGACCGCCGAGGUGGAGAACAACAUGACCUCCGUGGAACGCAUGUUGUCGUACACCCGCCUGCCCAGUGAGCCGCCGCGGGUGGCGGAGGGGGGCGCGCCGCCGCCACCCGGCUGGCCCGCCUCGGGAGCGCUGCGAUACGAGAACGUCACGGCGGUGUACCGACCCGGCUUGCCGCCGGUUCUUCGUGACAUCAGCUUUGAGCUGCGACCAGGCACCAGCUGCGGAGUGGUGGGCCGCACCGGCAGCGGCAAGAGCAGCCUCAUGCUGACGCUGUUCCGGUUGAUCGACGUCACGCGCGGCCGCAUCCUGCUGGACGGCCGGGACACGGCGUCGCUGGGGCUGGAUGCGCUGAGGCGACAGCUGGCGAUCAUACCACAGGACCCGGUGCUCUUCAGCGGCAGUCUUCGAUCCAACCUGGACCCCUGGCGCACCCACUCCGACCCGCAGCUGUGGCGGGUGCUGGCGGCCGUACAGCUGCGAGCCGCAGUGGCGGCCAUGCCGGGAGGUCUGGAUGCCCCCAUGGCGGAGUGCGGCGGCAACCUGAGUGUGGGGCAGCGGCAGCUUUUCUGCCUGGCCCGGGCGCUGCUGCAAGAUGCCAAGGUCCUGGCGCUUGACGAGGCCACUGCCAACGUGGACCGUGCCACGGACCAGCUCAUCCAAAACGCCCUGCGCAGCUUUGCACACGGCAGCAGCAGCAGCCAGCAGAAGGAAGGAGAGGAGGAGGCGGGCGAGGACAAGGUGAUAAGCGCCACAGCAGCUGCAUCGCAGUGGAACAACGCCGGUGAACAGCAGCAGCAGCAACAACAGCAGCAGCAGGCAUUGGAGCCCAGCGGCUGUAUCAGAGAGUCCGACGCCGGGGGCGAACUAAACGGCAUGUCCGUCGGUAAGGAAGUGGCUCAACGGCACAAGACCCUACCAGGACCCCACCACCGCAGCAUCGUUACCAGCAGCAGCCGCAGCCGCAGCAGCAGCGCCAACCGUCAUCACGAGGGGCGUGUGUUGCUGGUGAUCGCUCACCGGCUGGACACCAUUAUGGAUACUGACCAGCUGCUGGUGCUGGCGGGGGGGAGGCUGGUGGAGAGCGGGCCGCCGGGGGAGCUAGC